UAAGAUGCCUUUAAAUAUCACAGACCAUGGCGAGUGUUUGUGACAUCAUUACAUUGGGGCCUGCCUCUAACUGUAAACCCUCUUUGUAUUCACAUAACAAACAUGGAAGCAGCUCUGUCUACUAGCACAACAAUGUCCCCUUCUACCACCAAUGGUGGAACCUCAUCUUUUGCCAAAACCUGUUUCCAUGGGGUUAAUGGCAUUUCAGGAAUUGGUAUAGUGUCUAUACCAUUUGCAUUAGCAUCAGGAGGUUGGUUAAGCAUAAUUUUUCUGUUCCUCAUAUCCAUAGCAGCAUGCUACACAGGCUUAUUAAUCAAAAGAUGCAUGGACAAAGAUUCCACUAUUGAAUCUCUUCCAGAUAUUGGUCAAAGAGCAUUUGGAGACAAAGGAAGGUUACUUGUAAACAUUGCAAUGAAUUGUGAACUUUAUUUGGUCAUAACAGGCUACUUGAUCCUUGAAGGAGAUAACUUGAACAAAUUAAUAUCUCAUUUUCAUGUGGAUAUUGGGGGAUUGAGAAUUACUGGAACACAAUGCUUUGUUCUACUUUCAGCACUGAUUAUUCUCCCAACGGUAUGGUUAGAAGAUCUAGGUAAACUUCUAUCAUAUGUGUCAGCAACUGGGGCCUUAGCAUCAAUUAUAUUUCUAUGUUCAUUGUUGUGGAAUGGUACAAUUGAUGGAACAAAACUUCAUAGCAAAGGAGUACUCUUUAAUUGGAAGGGAGUUCCUGCUGCAGUUAGCUUGUAUGCAUUUUGUUACAGUUCUCACCCUGUCUUUCCAAAUCUCUACACUUCCAUGAAGAACAAGCAUCAAUUCUCUAAUGUUUUGUUGGUGUGCUUCACAUUGUGCACUCUAGUAUAUGCAGCAACAGCAGUUUUGGGAUACUUAAUGUUUGGAUCAGAGGUUGAAUCAGAAAUAACUCUGAACCUUCCAAAAGAAAAAAUCAGUUCAAAAGUGGCAAUAUACACAACUUUGGUUAACCCCAUAACCAAAUAUGCUCUCAUGCUAAGACCAAUUGUGGAUGCCGUAAAAAGCGUGCUUCCAAAUCACUACAACAAAAGGCACAAGCUUACACAUGUUGUUGUUAGUAGCAUCCUUCUCAUUUCUACUGUGGUUGUUGCACUCACUGUUCCAUUUUUUGGAUACCUUAUGUCUCUCGUGGGUGCAUUACUAAGUGUCUCAGCUUCAUUCCUAGUGCCAAGUGUUUGUUACUUGAAGAUUUCUGGAACAUACAAGAAGUUAGGGUGUGAAAUGAUCAUCAACUACUCUAUUUUCUUUGUAGGUACUGCAAUUGCUGCCUUUGGAACUUACACUUCACUCCUACAAAUAAUUAAGCAUUUAAAGUUGUAAUUCAUUAUAAAUAUUUUGUUUUCUUUUGAGUGUUACUAUGUUAGUGUCACUUUACAAUAUAUAUUAUUAAAUUAAUGUAUUUGGACCCAACUAAAAUUAAGAUAUGUAGUAAUAAAUGUUGUAUAUAUUAUGAGUAAUGUGGUUACAUGUCCCAAUCCGUAUAAAUUAAAGUGACAUCGAAAGAUGGAUUACUCUCCAUUUCAGUUUA